GCAGAAUCGGAGCAGUGGGUGACAAAUCUUGAAUGAAUGAUGAUAGCAGUGCGCAUGCCUUGGCGCCUACUACAAAAUCUAGUUAAGGAACUAUCCACUAGGUAGCAAAAGGGAGUCAGUUUUGAAAACUGAAUCAUCAUUGCGCUCAUCGCUACAGUCGAUGAACACUGGUUGCAUAACCAGUGGCAUUUUUAGUUAGCACAUGUCAGGAUGUCACACAAACAUUUUUAGGUUACAGAAAUCUAAACAACAAACUUCAGUAUUUGGUUUCAAUACUUUAAAAUACGUGCUCCAAGGAAAAUAUGUUUUACCUCAUAGGUCUAGGAUUAGGAGAUUGCAAGGAUAUCACCGUCAAAGGUCUGGAAAUAGUAAAAAAGUGUGACAAAGUAUACUUAGAAUCAUAUACGUCUAUACUUACCUGUGGUGUUGAAGCAUUAGAGCAAUUUUAUGGUGCAAAACUGAUACUUGCGGAUCGAGAUUUGAUAGAACAAGGAGCCGAUGAAAUUCUGGAUGACGCAAAACAUAGUGAUGUCGCCUUAUUAGUUGUUGGAGACCCAUUUGGUGCCACAACACAUACAGAUCUUGUUCUUAGAGCAAAGGAAAAGCAAAUUGAUGUGAAGUGUAUUCACAAUGCUUCUAUACUGUCUGCUAUAGGGUGCUGUGGAUUGCAAUUGUACAGUUUUGGAGAAACUGUUUCGAUACCUUUUUGGACUGAUACAUGGCAACCAGACAGCUUUUUUGAAAAAAUAUGUAAUAAUCAUAGGAACAAUCUUCACACUUUGUGCCUCUUAGAUAUCAAAGUUAAGGAACCAACCCUAGAAAGUAUGACAAAGAAGAAGAAGGUUUACAUGGAUCCAAGGUUUAUGUCAGUGAAAGAAGCUGCAGUACAGUUACUGGAGAUUUUGAAAAAAUCUGAGUCGAUUGUGAUAGAUGAGAGCAGUUUGUGCAUAGGAUUAGCCAGAGUUGGUGCUGAAGAUCAACAGAUAGUUGCUUGUUCUUUAUCAAAAAUGGCUAGUGUUGAUUUGGGAGGGCCCUUACAUUCCUUUAUUGUUGUAGGACCUAAACUUCAUCCUUUAGAAGAGGAGUAUUUGCUACAGUUUAGAAUUGUAUAACUUGUGACUAUAAAAUAUAUUUUUUGUACAUCUCAAGUAUUUUUUCUUUUUGAAUAUAUUUUUAGAGAUGUGGAUUAUAUACAGCAAAUCAUUUGCUAUGCUGCAAAAACAAUAAAUCCCAAUACAAAAUUGUUGUUAAUGGUUAUAUUGAUUUUCCUUCAGUUCAGCUGCAUAAAGCUGUUAAUGGCUCUGAAUAAAAU